AUGUCUAAUCUUGAAAAGGCUACAUUCGCCGCUGGUUGUUUCUGGGGAGUUGAACAUAUUUUUAAGAAACAUUUUAAUGAUAUCAAAACUCGUGUUGGAUAUAUCGGCGGCCUUAGCCCAAAUCCAAAAUAUAAAGAGGUCUGUAACGGUACUACAGGACAUGCGGAAGCUUGUCAGAUAGAAUUUGAUCCAACAACGACAACAUACGAAACGCUCGUAGAAUUUUUUUAUAAAAUUCAUGAUCCCACUACCGCAAAUCGACAAGGACCCGAUGUUGGCACACAAUAUCGUAGUGCAAUAUUUUAUCAUUCACCUAAACAGAGAAUAUUAGCAGAAAAGGUUACAAACCAAAUACAAGAAAAGCUAUCUAAAGAAAAAAAAUUAUAUAGUGGAAGCAAAGUUGUUACUGAAAUUAUUGAGGCAGGCAAAUGGUAUGACGCUGAAGAUUAUCAUCAAAAAUAUUUAGAAAAAAAUCCAUUUGGUUAUGAGCAGGUUCAGCAACAAGUUCAACAACUUGUUCAGCAACCUGUUCAACUACACGUUGAAACCCAAAACUUGUCAGAAUGA